AUGGUGGAGGAGGAGGAGGAUCUUAAAUCCUCUGGUGACAUGGUGGAAGAAAAUGAGCCCAAAAAAGGGUGUUCUGGUGCUCUCUGCACACCAAUCAAUUGGUUCAAAAUGCUGUGUGCGGAAAUGCAUUGGAGUUUUGUAAUGGGGGUGGUGGUUGUUUAUGGAAUAAAUCAAGGACUGGGUGGAGCUCUUUAUCGUGUGGGCACAGAAUAUUACAUGAAGGAUCCUCUCUGGGGUCUCCUCACCGAUGUUCUCCCAAUUUUCGGGUAUCGAAGACGGCCUUAUUUCAUUGUAGCAGGUUCUAUUGGUGUGAUCUCCAUGCUCGUGCUAUCAUUCCAUGAAAAGCUGCACAUUGCACUUGCCCUUUUGUCAUUAAUAGCUGGAAGUGCUGGAGUGGCUGUAGCAGAUGUCACCAUAGAUGCCUGUGUUGCACAGAACAGUAUUAAUCAUCCGUCACUUGCAGCCGAUAUGCAAAGCCUGUGUGCCCUGAGUUCCUCCAUUGGGGCACUACUGGGAUUCUCUGUUAGUGGUAUCUUUGUUCAUCUUAUAGGCCCUCAGGGGGUAUACGGGUUGUUAGCAAUCCCAUUUGGACUUGUAUUCUUAAUUGGAACUCUGCUUAAGGAACCUCAUUCUCCUAAUUUGGCUUACGCACAGGUCAAUCAGAAGUUUAUUGAUGCUGGCAAGGCUAUGUGGACAACGUUGAAAUGUCCUCAUGUAUGGAGGCCAUGCUUAUACAUGUACUUUUCCCUUGCAUUAAGCUUGAAUAUCCUUGAUGGAAUGUUCUACUGGUAUACAGACUCGAAGAGCGGUCCAUCUUUCUCACAGGAGAAUGUUGGAUAUAUAUUCUCCAUUGGUUCAGUUGGUUCCCUUUUGGGGGCGGUACUCUAUCAAAAUGUUCUAAAGGAUCAUCCUUUCCGGGACUUGCUGUUCUGGACUCAACUGGUUUACAGUUUAUCAGGAACGCUAGAUUUGAUGCUGGUCUUGCGAUUGAAUUUGAAAUUUGGCAUACCAGAUUAUUUCUUUGUUGUGAUUGAUGAAAGUGUAUCUCAAAUGACUGGAAGGCUCAAAUGGAUGCCUCUUCUUGUGCUUAGCUCAAAGCUUUGUCCUCCGGGAAUCGAAGGAACUUUUUUGCUCUGCUCAUGUCAAUCGAUAAUGUUGGACUUCUCUCAGCAACAUGGGGAGGAGGCAUCUUACUGCAUAGUUGAUCCCAACUCCUCCAUUCUUCCAACUGAAAUCUUGAAUACAAAAGAGGAUAUUGAAACUCAAGAAACAGAGAACAUUGAAUUGGUCUCCCUUGUGAACAGAGUUGAUGAUAGAUAG